CUUUUUUAACUCGUUUUCUUGUUCCUCCUACUUUUUGCUACCACUGUGCUGACUAGUGCUGACUCUGCAUCUUGCUCACCCAGAGAAAUACAGUGGAAAAGGGGCUGAAAUAAAGAGAACGCCUGGUUAUAGCGGCACAUCCACGCGACGACUUCAUUUCAAUUGGAAAUCGGAAUCGUGCGCGGCAACACGCGAUCAAACAAAUUCGCCUGCUUUCCAGACCCACGCGCAAUUCAAAUUAGAAAUUAGUCAAGUCAACGUACUUCGACAAGUGUUUAUUAAAAACAAACAAAUAAAAUGACCGAAUUCGACUUUGUACCAAUCGCCGUAGGCGUGGUCGCUGUGGUUGCCGGCGCCCUUAUCGUCCACUAUCUGCUCAACAAGAAAUCCACCAAGCCUCGUCGCGAACCCAAUAGAACCGCUCGCCUGCGCACCCUGGUUGAUCCCAAUGAUAAGUACCUUCUGCCACUCAUCGAGAAGGAGGUGCUCAGUCAUGACACCAGGCGCUUCCGCUUUGGAUUGCCUUCCAAGCAGCAUGUUCUCGGCCUGCCCGUUGGCCAGCACAUCCAUCUGAUUGCCACUAUUGACAACGAUCUUGUUAUCCGGCCGUACACACCUAUUUCGUCCGACGAGGAUGUGGGCUAUGUGGAUUUGGUGGUCAAGGUGUACUUUAAGGACUCGCAUCCCAAGUUCCCUGCAGGCGGCAAGAUGACCCAGUAUUUGGAACAGAUGGAGGUGGGGGAUAAGAUCUCCUUCCGUGGUCCCUCUGGUAGGCUGCAGUAUCUUGGCAAUGGCACCUUCUCGAUCAAGAAGCUACGCAAGGAUCCACCCAAGCAUGUGACUGCCAAGCGGGUUAAUAUGAUUGCUGGUGGCACUGGCAUCACACCAAUGCUGCAACUGGCCAGGGAAGUGCUUAAGCGUAGCGACAAGGAUAAGACCGAACUGGCGCUUCUCUUUGCCAAUCAGAGUGAAAAGGACAUUUUGCUGCGUGAAGAGCUGGACGAGCUGGCCAAGAAGCAUCCUGACCAGUUUAAGGUCUGGUAUACCGUCGACAGGGCAGCUGAAGGCUGGCCAUACAGUGUUGGCUUCAUCAACGAGGACAUGAUUGCCGCCCACCUGCUACCCGCCAAGGACGACACAAUUGUGCUUCUCUGCGGCCCACCGCCCAUGAUCAACUUUGCCUGCAAUCCGGCUCUGGAUAAGCUUGGCUACCAUCCGGACACUCGAUUCGCCUACUAAACAGAGAGAGGAGAACGCCCAAGGCGCGAACAGAAGAAUCUGCAUUUCGGUUUUUGUCCAUUUCUUUCAUGUUAAUCCGUUGCUCCCGAAUCAGAAGCUCAACUCACCAGUGGAAUCCCCAGAACUCUUUGAUAUUGCGACUCCGGGAUCGAUAUGAUUGAUCGCAGAGCGAAAGCAACAACAUCGAUACCAAUUGUUGUAGUUAUUUUUUAUGAUUUGUGAAUAAACAAAUGUUGAAAAGAA